AUGAGCUUGAUGUGUCUGCUAGACAUCCACUUGGAGGUGCCAACAGAUGAGCCAACCUCCCCCAAGAAGCCCAAGAGUGUUCUGGAGCCAGAGCCCAGUGAUGUGGAAGGUGGAGCCAUCUCUCUCCUGCCUUCUGAGUGGACCUCAGUGAGGAUCAGCCCUGGGGAGGACGUAGUUGGACAAGACAUGAUGGCUGUGUGUGUGCUGGUCAACAGUGAUGACAGCAGCUCUGAGGCAGAGCCAGACUGCAGUGGCAGCGAGGCCUCCAGUGCAGAGCCCCGUGAGGAAAGGCCCCGGCGGCCAGAGCCCCCACCCCUACCGCAGCCCCUCACCAGGCACAGCUCCCUGAGGGAGGCCCCGACCAGAGAAGUCUCUCCACACCGCCCUGAGGAGCCCCAAGCUGUGCAAGCUCUGCUCCGGGCCAAUAGCUUCCAGUCUGUAACUCCCAACAAAUACCAGAGCUGCAGAAGAAAAUUCCAGUCCAGUGGCAGCUUGACGGGCAGGCGUCCCUUCAAGCCCUGCCCAAGUUGUCCUGAAGCGGGCGGUGUCCCAGGGAAUGUCCUGGAUGUCUUCUCCCCACCUCAGGUGAUAGAUUACAACCUGCCCUCGCAGGUCUCAAGAGGUCACUUCAGCCCUUCUACCCCAAUCUUUCUGAGGCGCGCCAGAGCCCAGGCAGCACCCAAGGACAUGCACCUGUAUCUGCCUCAUGACCAAGUGCUGGAGCGGGCGGAGUACUGCAUGGUGAGGCCCCAGACACCCAGCCCUGCAGAGACGGCUUCUGAUGGGUGUCAGGAAACAGAGUCCCUUCUUGGGGAUGCCAGAAGCAUCCACAGAGGCCCACACCCCGCUGGAGGGAAGGACAGGUGCUUGCCAGACCAAGAGCUAUCCCCCGGGGCUGGAGAGGACCCAGGAGAAAGGAAAACAGAAUCCGGAAGGAGAGAGGAGGGUGGGUCACAGCUGACAGAGGGGAAAAGGCUGGGCUUGAAGAAGUUAGUCCUCACCCCGGAGCAGAAGACAAAGCUGCUGGACUGGAAUGACUCCCUCCCUGAGAGUGUGAGCCUGGAAGCUGGAGCACAACCUGCCCAGAAAAGUGCUGACAGUGGUCGACGAGGCCAUGUGCUGAAACCAGUCAGCCCCUUGCUGCUCCCCUGGACAGCGCGAGAGACCCCGCCAGCCCAGGGAAAGGCUCAGGAGAAGACGGGGACCCCAGCUGAACGGGCUCCAGGGGAGCCAAGCGUCCCUCCACCCAAGUCCCCACUUCGGCUCAUAGCAAAUGCCAUCCGAAGGUCCCUGGAGCCCAUCCUCCCCAACUCCACCAAGCCAGAAUCAAAGCCCUUGCCCCCCACCCAGCCACACUCCUGCACUCCCUCGUUCAGCCUUCGAAAAACCAGCUCCGGUAAAGACUGCAGCCAGCAGUCCCCAGGGAGAGACAUGGCACGCAGGACCUCAGCCUUCUUCUCCUGGGGCUCCCCACCCGCCAGGGCUGCCCAGCCUCCGCACCCUCGCCUUCCUGACCCUGCCCUCCGUACCCACAGUUUGCCCAACCGGCCAUCCAAGGUGUUUCCUGCAUUAGUGUCCCCAUCCUGCCACAAGAUGGAAGAUGUCCCCACACUCCUUGAGAAAGUGAGUUUGCAGGAGACCUUCCCAGAUGCUUCCAGGGUUCCAAAGAGGAAGAUCUCACUCUUCUCCUCACUCAGACUCAAAGACAAAUCUUUUGAGAGUUUCUUCCAAGAAUCCAAACAAAGAAAGGACCUCCAGGACCUCUUUAGCAUCCGCAGGGGCAAAGGGGAGCCCGUGGACAGUGCCCAGCCCCUGGAGAAGCUGGCACAGCCUUUCACUAGCACCUGCCUGGAGCAGAGGGUCCAUCCUUCUCCAGACAAAGAUGCAAGUAAUUCUUCUGUUCCCAUUUCAGGUCCCAAACACACCCCUAUCCGAGUGCAGGUGACAGGGGCUGCCUCUUCUACCUCUUCCACCGGCUCCUCCUCUGGAGACGAAGAGUUUCAUCCCCAGCCUUCGUUGCAGUCAAAGGAGAGGGAGACACUUAGAAGAAGGAAGCUGGAGAACGCAAUAAAACAAAUGGUUAAGCAAGAAGAAUUGAAAAGACUUCAUAAAGCUCAGGCCAUCCAGAGGCAGCUGGAGGAGGUGGAGGAGCGGCAGAGGGCUUCUGAGAUCCAAGGCGUGAGGCUGGAGAAGGCGCUGAGGGGGGAAGCAGAUUCAGGCACACAAGAUGAAGCACAGCUUUUGCAGGAAUGGUUUAAGCUGGUUCUGGAGAAGAAUAAAUUAAUGCGAUAUGAGUCGGAGCUACUGAUCAUGGCCCAAGAAUUAGAACUGGAAGAUCAUCAAAGCAGACUGGAACAGACAUUAAGAGAAAAAAUGCUCAAGGAGGAGAGCCAGAAAGAUGAGAGCGAUCUGAACGAGGAGCAAGAAAUACUCAGCGAGAUGAUGCAAGUAAUUGAACAAAGGGACAGACUCGUGGACUCCUUAGAGGAACAGCGCAUAAAAGAAAAGGCUGAAGACCAGCACUUUGAAAGCUUCAUAUUCUCCAGGGGCUGUCAGCUGAGUAGGACGUGA